AUGUGCUCAUUAGCUCUUGCUGGGGCUCUUCGCUUCUUGAAUGGGGCGACGCUGCGUGUGCCACGUGCUGCUGUUGCCUCUAGUCGAUGGCUGCAUGCGCAGGAGAUUCAUCCUGGGGACAUUUCCCUCAUCGAGGCGGCGGAGGAGCCUCACACGGGCGGGGCCUUUGACGGCGGUCAUGAGCUGCCGCUUAAUUUCCUUGACGCGGAACAGCUGGACACCUUUUCCCGAGCACGUGUGGUGAAUUUUAUGAAGCGCUUCUCGCAGGGAAAAGUGACCAGCGGCAAUGACGUAUUUCAGGUGCAGGAGGUGAGUUGCCAUGCGGGCUCCGUUUUGUAUCAUUGCCGCGUGCUGCUCCCUUUUCGCAGUCACAGCGGCGAGUUGUGGGCGCAUGGGGUGGCGUGCAACGGCAAGGAUGCGGAAAUGCUUGCCGCGAUGCAUGCGGAGUACAUCAUUGAUGCGUUUGGCUACCACAUAUAUACACUUCCCUCCAUGCAGCGCAAGCAUGCAGAGGCGGCGCGUAAAGCCGGACGAUGGGCCCCCAUGCCUGAUGACGGCGACAGGGCUCAAACGCAACUUUGUAUCCCGCUUCCUCUGCGCCGUAUCGUUAAUCAUGAUGAAACGGAAGGUGGAACGUGGCUGUUGAUUGACCUGCGGCCAAACCACUACAUUUCACCGCAACACACGUUACUCUCGCCAUGCCUUUUUGAUACCGCCGCCGUCCUUCGCGUCAAAUCUCUCUUUGCAGAGCAUGGCCUCUCGUUUGCCGAGCUCUGCACUUCAGAAGCUGAUAAACCAAACGAUAAAAAUGGAAAAACGUAUUACACUGCCACUGUUAUUUUGCCUGCGGAGCUGACGACGUUUGGUGAGAUCAGGGCCCAAGGAAAGGCCUUGAAUCGGGAGGCGGCCGUGACACUAGCCUGCAUGCAUGCGGAAUUGCUUCUGGACGCCCACUCCAUCGCUCUUUUUCCGUCGGAUUCUGGGCGGCAGAAACAGCACGCCCUCACAGCGUGGAGCUUUGGACGUCCUGCGCCAAUUCCAGGAGAGGAUCACAAAAAUCCGUCACACGUGGUGCCUCCAUUGCCUCUUAAGGAGGUUGCGGUGAAGCGAGAGGAUCGCGUCUCGUGCAUGAGUUACGAAGAGGACCUUGUGAGGCGCCACCGUGCCCUUACUGAGCAAACCUGUGAAUUCACCGAAACCCCCGUCCUGGAUGAGGGAGCGGUGGAGCUACUGAAGGGAUUUCUAAAACGGGAGAAAUUCCCUAGAACAGAUCCAUUUUUCAUUGAAGAGGUGCAGGGAUUUGUGAAGGCCACCGUGGUGCUUCCAAUACCUGACGUAUUCGGUGUCCGUGGCGGGGUCGGUAUUGCCAUGAACGCGGCGGACGCGGUUAUUCUUGCCGCCAUGCACGCCAUUGAUGUGGCCAACCUGCUUGGGGUUCACCUCGUUGCUGAGGGGACCACCCGACGUGAAUGGAUUGCCGCGCGCCACUCCCGUGGCGAGUCCACCCCGGCAGAGGCACAAGACCCGAGCCUAGCAAGCCCUCCAGGAAGACGAAGAAUUGCCACGCAGGGCGGCGCGAAUGGCGUCAGCAAAAGCACGAACACCGGAUGCAGUAGCAGCAAGAGUGCUGCGUCAGCGGCGCCGGCACUGCCGCAGGCGCCGAAGCGUCGAGUCCCAAAGAGGGCAAAAAUUGCUGUUGCCGCGGAAGAGGGGGAGAAAAAGGCGUCACAGCCGGCUGCUGAAGUUGAUUAUCUCAAGGCGCGAGAGAGUGUUCCUAAAGAGUUGUGGGGCCUUGAACCGGAUAGCCCUGAUGGUUACAUUAUGGUGUCCCCUAACGAUCCCGAGCUGCGCACCCAGUAUGAACACGCGCUCUACUCCCCUCGCCAGAUCGACUCCUGUGCAAAAGUGCGUAUAAAGGGUUAUCUCGCCGCCUUGGGUAGACGUGCGGAGGAGGUGUUUUUUAUACAGCGUAUUGAGGCCGAAGACAAUGGCGGGCAGGCUAUCUGUCGUUGUGCUUUAAACCUACCUGUACCGCGUCGCUUCGGGGAUCGCAUAGCACUCGGCGAAGCUGUAGAUCCAAAAGAUGCAGAGAAUCUCGCUGCAAUGCACGCGGAGCUGAUCCUGGACACGCUGGGUAUCCCACUCUACACGGAUGGAGUACUGCAGCGCCGGCAUGCGGAGUUGUGCCUGAAAAAUGGCCGCUAUGCGCCUGUGGAUGCGUCAAGUAACAUUCCGCCCUCCACGGCAUCCCCACCACCUCUUCGACGGGAAGUGAUUGGGUCAAUUCAUUGGGAGAAUAAAACCAAGAGGCGCGCCCCCAUAGUGAUUUCCAGGGCGAAUACAACAAAAACUUCCGUAAGUGCCAUCCCAGAAGAAGCAGAACCGGUGGUUGCCCCAAAAGAAACCCGGGCUUACGUAUUUGUGGCUGAAAAGGAUUUGGAUCUUGUGAGUCGUCCGCGGGUACAGUACUACCUGCGUCGCAACGGUAAGCCAAAGCUUGAGGCUGACUUCCGCAUGGAACUUCGUGGGCUGGGCAAUGUGUUGCAUGUUGCGGAGUUUGCAGUUCCGGUUCCUGCCAGCUUUGGUGAGCGCAUUGCGCAUGGCUCGGCGUUAACCAAGCGAGAUGCGGAAGUGCUUUGCUGGAUGCACGCUGAGCGUAUUAUUGAUGCGCUAGGGCUCUGCCUCUUUGACAAUCUUCCCGGGCUCCAGAAGAGGCACGCUGAACGCGUCAAACGCCUCGGACGAUGGGCACCGCUGGUCGGUGAAAGUACUGCCUUGCCACCCGACACACCCUCACCGCUUCCGCUGACGCUGGGGACGGCCCCGGAAAAGCCGCCUUACCCCAGCCUUCCCACGAACCUCCUCCAGGAGUGGGACAAGUACGUUGGUGAGUGUCGACGGUAUAUCGAGGUAAACUCUAUGCGGGAGGAAAACAUAUUCUAUGAGAUGGAGAAGAUUCCUCGCACAGGAGAUGCAUUGUAUGACGCCACGGUGGAAGAAGUAGAGUCCGCCUCUGUUGACGUGGACGCAAAAGGUUUACUUCAACGUUACUGUACCGCCGCCAAUGUGGCAUACCCCGUCUUUUGGAAGUCGCGCACUGUUGGCCCAGUCUCACGUCGUGUGUGCCUCACCACCAUAGAGGUUCCAGGGCAUGAGCACAUCACCGCGACUGGCGUAGCUGUCAACAAGGAUGCAUCCCAGCGUCGUGCGGCCAUGCAUGCCUUGGCUCUUUUGCGGCGCAUAGAGCCUGACUUUCAUGAGUUUGAAAAACAAGUGAAGUCUGAAACAACUGAAAAGGUUGCUUUCAUUGACCCUGUUUCUCUACUCGAGGGGGAUGCAUCACAGGCGCGACGCCCUGCUAAGCCUAACAAGAAGAGGCUAGGCAGUUGGGAUCCUGUCGCCAAGGACUUUUCCUACGAGGGCAAAGUGCGUAUUAUUGAACUUUUUACAGUUUGUUUCGGUUUGCAACCUCCGCUCGUGCGUCACAUGAACCGUCGCGAGGGCAUUCUCGUUCACCACAGCACCACUGUUGAGGUGACCGACGAGGAUGGAAAGUUGUGGGUUGGCGAGGGGCAGGAUGCGGGGCCUCGAUUUAAUGAGGUUGCGGCGUACGAAGACCUCUUCUCGCGGCUUUCACGCGGCGUCCCUGGCUUUCAGGCGUUGAUGGACCUUAUACACAACCACUUUCACCUGGACCCUGAACACAUCGCCAACGUCUCGCUCUCCGAGGCGCAGAAGGAACGCAUCCACCGCGUGCUCGAGGACGUCCCCGAUGUGGAGGAGGAGGAGGUAGCCAAACCGCAGGAGUGGGGGGACAACAAAGGUGAGGCCGUUGGUUUAUUGUCUCGAGUUGCCAUGGACGCGUCGGAGCGGGCGCAAGAGUCGCAGCAUCUCCGGGACAAAUUACACGAAAAACUGACGAAUGAGGAGUACCUGUCCAAGUACGCCGCACAAAGGCAGGGACUCAGCAUAUACGGCAAACGCGAAGAAAUUUUGAAGGCGGUGGAGUCCAGUCAGAUUGUUAUUGUCUGUGGCACAACAGGCUGCGGUAAGACGACGCAGGUGCCGCAAUACAUUUUAGAUCACAUGACGGAAAAAAGUGAGGGAGGAAACUGCUCAAUCGUUAUUACGCAACCGCGACGACUCAGCGCCGUCUCCAUUGCGCAACGCGUGGCUGCGGAAAGGCUUGAGGGCGUUGGUGAGACAUGUGGCUACUCGAUUCGUCUCGACAGUAAACCGGGACGCAACAUCAAUUUUUGCACCUCUGGUAUUCUUCUUCGUAUUUUACAUAACACUCCACUUUUGAAUGGAAUCAAUUACCUCAUUAUUGAUGAAAUUCACGAGAGGGACAUUAAUUCGGAUUUUUUGUUGAUUCUCCUGCGACAACUCCUACGACGUCGAAAAGAUUUGCACGUUGUCUUGAUGAGUGCCACGCUGCAGGCGGAACAAUUUGGAAACUACUUUGAUGGGGCUCCCAUUAUCAAUGUGGAGGGUUACGUGCAUCCGGUGAAGGAACUCUACGUGGAGGAUUUGGUGCCUAUUGCGGCAGAGCAAAAAGUGAUGCCGCCUUUGUUGAAGGAGGCGGCAUCAUCCCUUGAGCGGGAAGGAUGCCUCUCGACAAGCAUGGAUCCUGCUACCACUGCACCACCAACGAUACAGCCUGUCAACGCCAAGUAUGGCUUUAUGGAGGCCACUGCGGAGAUUGAUUACGUGACGAUCCAGUUCGCCAUAGAUCAUGCUGUGCGAAGCUUGGACCUGACGAACUCCUCCAUUUUAGUCUUUUUGCCAGGGUGGGAUGAAAUCCACAAGGCGUAUGAGAUACUUGAACGCAACACAAAGUUUCAUAUUAUUUGCCUUCACUCUUCUGUUGGGGCUGAGGAGCAAAUGCGGUGUUUCUUGCCGGCGCCGGAGGGAAAGGUGAAGUUGAUCCUUUCCACAAACAUUGCUGAAAGUGGCGUGACCAUCGACGAUGUCGCUGUGGUGAUAGACGUUGGGCGAGCAAAGGAGAAAUCGUACGUGAUGCAGAAAGGGACCACUGCUGUUGGUCGCAAUGAAAUGGGGUCGAUCUCGCAACUUGUCACUGUAUAUGCCAGUCGAGCGAACUGCGUCCAACGACGCGGCCGCGCCGGGCGCACCAGGCCUGGUAUCUGCAUUCGACUCUACUCCAAAAAACACUUUGAAACGGUGCACGACUUUCAAACCCCUGAAAUGCUUCGAACCCCAUUGGAUGCGCUGUGUCUGCAGAUUCUUGCCCUUGACCUGGGGGACCCAGCGGACUUUUUACAGCAGGCUAUUGAGCCACCCUCGUCAGAACAAAUUGAGGCGGCGAUGAUGCGUCUUCAGGAGCUCGGGGCGACAACUUCCACGCGUCAACUGACACCGCUUGGGCUUCGGCUCUCGCGACUGCCCGUGGCACCUAAGGUGGGGAAAAUGGUUGUGAUGGGGGCUAUACUGAAGUGUUUAGACUCUGCCUUAACGAUUGCUGCUGUGACUGACACCGACGUCUUCAACAGUGCCCGUGAGCAUCGAGAAGCCGUGCGACUACACAAGGAGGACCUUUCCUUGAAUACUCAAUCCGACGUGAUUGCAUCGGUGAAUGCGUUUAAUUUUUGGGUUGUAGCCCAUCAUGAAAAGACGCCUGCUGAAGUUGUCUAUGAUCUGCACGAACGCAUGUUGAGUGUGCCCCAGCUACUCACCGUAUCGAAGUAUAAACGUCAAUUUUUCGAUAUUAUCAUGAAUAGUGGAUUCCUAGGGGAUGGAAUCUCCUCCCAGCGAGGUAACGAUUCUACCCGAGCCGACAUCUUUGUUGAUCGGUCGGAGUGGUCGGCUGAUGCCCUUAACGUGGGAUUAGUAAAGUGUGUGGUGGCCUCUGGUUUGUUUCCAAAUGUCGUCAUGAAUAGAGGCAAGCGAUUAAUGCGAAAUAAACUUGUCAAUCGAGUGGCACCAUCUUCGGCCUCGGUGGUGCAUCGCACCUCUCAGGAAGAUAUCACUCAACCGUUUUUUGUCUAUGACGAGUUUGUGAAGUUAUCGGAGACGGAGCGCCUGAGCGUGCGUGGUCUCACAAAUGUUCCCUUGUGGACCAUUCUUCUUAUGGGCACCAGCAGCAUGCCUGUCACCUAUCGGGACGACCUCAACCUGGCUGUCGUGGACGAGUGGAUCAUGUUUCGCGCCACCUUUGGAACCCUGGAGCUUAUUCGAAGGUUCAAACGUGCGCUGAACGUUUGCCUUGGCCGCAAGUUUCUGGACCCGAAUGACGAGAAGAACAACGAGAAACUAGAAGAAAUGCGCUGCAUUAUUAAAGAACUCGUAAGCACGCCCUUCAAGCCAAACGAUUUGUCGGAGAAAGUCUGGGAAGAGAAGGGAACCAUCAUCGAACCACGUACACAGCCAAAGAAGAAGGAGGGGCCUUUACCACCAGCUGCGAUGUCAGCGAAGGAAGAAGCAACGAAGGCCGAAGCCGAAGCCGAAGCCGAAGCCACUCUAUAA